UCCAUGGUAACACCUUUGUUGUCGCUAACUGAACUCUCUCUGCAAUUAGACAUGGAGGAUCAGAAGAAUCAAACUUGUGACUUUUACCGCACCGAUCCGGAUCUGCCAGAGAGAUUCAACAACCCUGAAUUUUUCAACACUUUCAGGGCGAGGAAGACUCAUCCUUUAUAUUGGACCUGGAACCAAACAUACGGCAGCAAGAAACCAACAGUUCAUGAGAUGCAGACUGGUUUCAAAGUGAUGUCUCACCACUUCUCAGAAUACUACCUGCGGUUUGGGAUGCAACGUGAUCAGGGCUUCAACACGGCAGUGGACCGGAGCCGGGUCAUGCAUCCCAUGGAAACCCAGAACAAGAGAUACCAGCUGCAGCACUUGUAUCUCUAUGGACACCAAUGCAGAGCGUCCAGCAAUAAAUAACUCCCUGCUCUCUGAAA